UGGAACAGAACGCCUCCCACCCCCACUCCCGCCCUCGAGUGCUCCCCCUUCUCGAGUGCUCCCGAACGUCCCCCUUUUCUCUCCCCCUUCUCUCUUCUGAGUCUCCUCCUUUCCAUUGCUCUACGCCUCCCCCUUUCCACUGCCCUACGUCUUCCUCCCCUGCUCCGUCUGUUGCUUCUCCCCUUUCCCUUUUUCUCCUUUUUCUCCUGAUUUGUCUUCUGGUUUUGUGACGGGUUCCACUGUUUGAGGUAGUUAUCUGGUUGUUCGUCUCCUUCUGGAAGGGUUUCCUGUGCAUCGGGGCAGGCAGGAUUUGAAAGAAAAAAGCAGAGGGCCAGUUUAUUUGGCAUUCAGUCCAAGUCUCUUAUCUGCCUUUUCGGGACAAGCUAAGGCUAGCGCCCAAUCCGCUUCAUCCUUCUUUUGUGAUUGGCAUUUGCUCAUCAUUCCGGUGCAACAUCUCGAAAGAAGGAGAGGGGGAGGGAUCUUACCGUGGUUUUCUCUGAAUUUCAUCCUCUCCGAAUUGCGGUUUUCUCCCUUUCGUCCUCUCUGAAUUGGGGUUUCUCUGUUGCAAGGAUUUCGAGAUAGACAAAACAACAGGUUUUCAGAAGACUGCAAUGACUCAAGUGACAAAUUGUCUUAUGCUCCUGACAAUAAAGCUAAAGUCGAUACUGUUAAGCAGCACGCUACAGUCGUAGAGGAGGCAAUUGCAGGCCAAAAUAUGUGUUCUAAAUUACUCUAGUAUAUAGAUAUUUCUUCAAAGAAGUGACAAUAUAAAUGUGUGCCAGGAAAAUUCCUGACACAUUGUGUCUUCUACGUUCUCUUCCCUUAACCAUCAGAGCCAGGAACCAUUACACUCUCCUCCAUCCUUUUCUGCUUUCAUCGGUGCUGCCAACUGGGAUGGCAUCUCAGAUGCCUCAUUUCCAGUCCACUUCAUCGUCUACCUCUAUUUCAGCCACCAGGAGAAGUGGGAGAGGAGGCCGUUCAUCUCGUUCUAUUGGGGACCUUGAUGCCAAUCAAGUGGAACCCGAUUGGUUGAAAGGGGGCAGGAGGAGCAAGGGAGGUGGUAUGGACCGCAUUGAUGCCCUAGGACGACUCCUAACACGGAUUUUACGACACAUGGCAUCAGAACUGAAUCUGGAAAUGGGAACUGAUGGAUUUGUGCGGGUGAAUGAUUUGCUAAAGCUGAACAUGAAAACUUAUGCUAAUGUUCCAUUAAGAUCACAUACAGUGGAUGAGAUACAAGAAGCUGUGAGGAGAGAUAAUAAACAGCGAUUCAGCCUCCAAGAAAAAAAUGGGGAACUUCUUAUACGUGCAAACCAAGGCCACACUCUGGCAAAUGUCAAGUCUGAAAGCUUGUUGAAGCCGAUAUUGUCUGCUGAUGAAGUCCCAGUUUGUGUACAUGGAACCUAUAAAAAGAAUUUGGAGUCCAUACUGCAAACGGGUCUGAAAAGAAUGACAAGGGUACAUGUUCAUUUUUCAUGUGGCUUGCCAAGCAAUGAAGAAGUAAUUAGUGGCAUGAGGCGUGAUGUUAAUAUCUUAAUUUUCUUAGACGUUGCAAAGGCUCUAGAAGAAGGAAUGAAGUUUUACAUUUCUGACAACAAAGUGAUACUCACAGAGGGUUUUGAUGGGGUGGUUCCUGUAAAAUACUUCCAAAAGAUAGAAACUUGGCCUGGUAGACAACCAAUUCCUUUUUAAACAAAGGAAGUUUUGAUGGUGAAGGAUGACAAAUUCUGGUUGUUUAACAUUUUUGGAAAAAGGUAGUGGGCAUCCAUCUUCUGUUCUUUUCACAUUCCUGAUCUGAAAUUGGUGUAUAGAUAUUACUUUUUAUUCUCUGACAGUAUUUUAGCUGUAAACUACAUUUUAGUUGGUACAUUAUAUUUAAGAAGUGAUGAAGAAAUGAUGAUAAAUUGUUUAAUCA